AAACCACGAUUCCAUCCACCAUGCACUCUUCCGCCAUCUCCUCCUCCUCCUCCGCCGCCGCCGCCGCCGCCGACGCCGGCCCUCUCCGCCGCCUCAGUCGCCGGAACCCUACCUCUCUGGAUCCCCAAUCUCUCUCCUUUCCCUCCGGACUCUUCCCCUUCCGGCUCUCUGUUAAUGCCCUCAGCUACUCCUCCUCUUCUCCUCGCCCUCUAUCUUUGAUCUCUCUCGCUCCUCGUCCUCUUCGAGCGAUCUCCGAUUCCGAUGGCGUUGGUGAGACUGAAGCGGCUCCUCGCCGGCUUCUCCGUACCCUCCAGCUCGGCAUCCUCUUUGGCCUUUGGUAUCUCUUCAAUAUCUAUUUCAACAUCUAUGAUAAGCAGGUUUUGAAGGUUUAUCCAUUCCCGACAACCCUCACUACUGUUCAAUUGGCUUUUGGGUCUGUAUUUGUUAUUCUUAUGUGGAUUACUAAUCUUCACAAGAAACCUAAGAUCUCUCUAUCACAGCUUGUGCCAAUUCUUCCAUUGGCCCUUGUUCAUGCAUUGGGACUUCUUUUUACAAAUAUGAGUCUUGGAAAAGUUGCUGUUUCAUUCACACACACAAUCAAGGCUAUGGAGCCCUUUUUCACGGUUAUGCUGUCGGCUUUGUUUCUUGGGGAGAUGCCUACUCUUUGGGUUCUGCUUUCACUUGUUCCAAUUGUUGGUGGUGUUGGAUUGGCUUCGCUUACCGAAGCAUCUUUUAAUUGGGGCGGAUUUUGGAGUGCGAUGGCCUCAAAUCUAACAUACCAGUCUCGGAAUGUACUCAGCAAAAAGAUCCUGGUUGAGAAAGAGGAAUCAUUAGACAACAUAAAUCUCUACUCUAUAAUUACUAUCUUGUCUCUUUUCCUGAUGGUUCCUCUGACACUAUUUGUCGAAGGUGCCAAGUUUACUCCUGCACAUUUGCAAUCUUUUGGUUUAAAUCUUAAGGAGAUAUACAUGAGGGCCUUUCUUUCUGGGCUUUGUUUCCAUGCUUAUCAACAGGUUUCGUACAUGAUCUUGGCCGAGAUAUCUCCGGUCACUCAUUCUAUCGGCAAUUGUGUGAAGCGUGUGGUGGUCAUUGUGGCCUCAGUUCUGUUCUUUAGGACUCCAAUCUCUCCCAUUAACUCUUUAGGAACUGGUGUAGCUCUUGCCGGAGUUUUCUUAUACUCGAGAGUGAAGAGAAUUAAUUCGAAAUCUUCAUAGAUUUAUUAUUGUUGUUGUCAUCAUCAUCACCGUCUUUGUAACAUCGAUAUCAUGACACAUUUGUAGAUUAUAUUCUUUGUGGAAGGAUGACAAAUGCUCCAUGAUAUUCUUUUGCUGCUGCUUUUAAUCAGCAAGCAGCUUUCACUUAGAUUUUGUGCUUAAUUUAGAACAUGCUAUAUUUC